GUGCGGUCUGCGCCGGGCGGGGGUUGACGCUCUCUUUCCCUGUCCCUGCAGCAGGGCUGGGCUCGGCCAUGUUCAGCUGGGUGAGCCGCGACGCGCGGCGGCGCAAGGAGCCCGAGCUGUUCCGCACCGUCUCGGAGGGCCUGAAGCAGCUCUACGCCGGGAAGCUGCUGCCGCUGGAGGAGCACUACCGCUUCCACGACUUCCACUCGCCGGCGCUGGAGCCGGCCGACUGGGAGAGCAAGCCCAUGGUGCUGCUGGUGGGCCAGUACAGCACCGGCAAGACCACCUUCAUCCGGCACCUGCUGGAGCAGGACUUCCCCGGCAUGCGCAUCGGGCCCGAGCCCACCACCGACUCCUUCAUCGCCGUCAUGGGCGGGGAGAGCGAGGGCGUCGUCCCGGGCAACGCGCUGGUGGUCGACCCCCGGCGCCCCUUCCGCAAGCUCAACGCCUUCGGCAACGCCUUCCUCAACAGAUUUAUGUGUGCGCAGCUCCCAAAUCCCGUCCUGGACAGCAUCAGCAUCAUUGACACGCCGGGCAUCCUCUCCGGGGAGAAGCAGCGGAUAAGCAGAGGUUACGACUUUGCCGCCGUGCUGGAGUGGUUCGCAGAGCGGGUUGACCGCAUCAUCCUGCUCUUCGACGCCCACAAGCUGGACAUCUCGGACGAGUUUUCAGAGGUGAUCAAAGGCCUGAAGAACCACGAGGACAAGAUCCGGGUGGUGCUGAACAAGGCGGACCAGAUCGAGACGCAGCAGCUGAUGCGGGUCUAUGGGGCGCUGAUGUGGUCUCUGGGCAAGAUCAUCAACACCCCGGAAGUGGUGCGCGUCUACAUAGGAUCCUUCUGGUCGCACCCGCUGCUGAUCCCGGACAACCGUAAACUCUUCGAGGCCGAGGAACAAGAUCUCUUCAAGGACAUCCAGUCACUGCCCCGCAAUGCCGCCCUCCGGAAGCUGAACGACCUCAUCAAGAGGGCCCGGCUGGCGAAGGUCAGUGUUGUGACCCAGCUCCCCAAACACGACAAAGCCUCAGAAGUGAACUCAAAAAGAUUCCUUUAUUAGGAGCACCAGCACCCGCGGCAAAAAGUUUCUCAUCGCCGGCUAACACGUCCGUCCGGUCAGAAGAUGAAUAGUUGUCUGCCACAUCUG